AUGUCGUGGAAGCUGACCAAGAAGCUCAAGGACACGCACCUCGGCCCGCUGAGCGCGUUUUCCCGGUCGCCGUCGACUUCCACCAUCACCGACAAAGAUGAAAAGGGGACCAGCCCAGGCGCCACCACGCCGACCAGCGAAACUGUUCCUGGCGGCGCAGAGGCCCUGUCGCAGGCGCCGGUUGUGAAGAAGCCCGGCAUUUUGGUCGUUACCAUCCACGAAGGCCAGGGGUUCUCUCUGCCCGAGCAACACAGAAGCGCCUUCGCAUCCAGCCACCAGAGCUCUCGUUCCUCGGGCGGCGCCCUGACUGGCUCUGUGCGCCCAGAUUCCCAGCGCGUUGCUGGGUCAUAUAGCAACGGCGCGAGACCGCACUCCUCUGGCGGCGGUUUCGGCUUUCUCCCGACCAACCACGGACGUAUUUCCGGCAAAUACAUGCCUUAUGCGCUCAUCGACUUCGAUAAGGUGCAGGUGUUUGUCAAUUCGGUCGAAGGAAACCCCGAGAACCCUUUGUGGGCUGGUUCAAAUACCCAAUACAAGUUUGACGUUUCAAGAGUGACAGAGCUGGUGAUUCAUCUGUACAUGCGGAACCCUGCUGCCCCCCCUGGGGCGGGACGAAGCCAAGAUAUCUUCCUGGGCGUCGCCCGGAUAAACCCCAAGUUUGAGGAGAGACAGCAUGGAGCCGACGACGCAAAGGCUAGCAAGAAGGAUCGCGAAAAGGCGUCUGAUGCCCAGCGUCAAAAGGGAGAGGGCCAUUCUGGCGUUGAGUGGGUUGACGUCCAGUAUGGCACGGGCAAGAUCAAGGUUGGGGUUGAGUUCGUGGAGACACGAGCUGGAAAGCUCAAGAUUGAAGACUUUGAGCUGCUAAAGGUGGUGGGCAAAGGCAGUUUCGGCAAGGUCAUGCAGGUGCGCAAGAAGGACACCAACCGAAUUUACGCACUCAAGACGAUCCGAAAAGCGCACAUCAUCUCUCGAUCAGAGGUCGCCCAUACUCUGGCUGAGCGAUCUGUGCUGGCGCAGAUCAACAAUCCCUUCAUCGUUCCCCUCAAGUUUAGUUUCCAGUCGCCUGAGAAGCUGUAUUUUGUCCUGGCAUUUGUCAACGGAGGAGAGCUGUUCCACCAUCUUCAGAAGGAACAUCGCUUUGACGUUAACAGGUCAAGGUUCUACACUGCUGAGCUUCUGUGCGCUUUGGAGUGCUUGCACGGAUUUAGCGUCAUCUACCGAGAUCUGAAGCCGGAGAAUAUCUUGCUGGAUUACCAGGGCCACAUUGCGCUGUGUGACUUUGGCCUCUGCAAGCUGGACAUGAAGGACGAGGACCGAACGAAUACAUUCUGCGGUACCCCAGAGUACCUCGCUCCCGAGCUUCUCCUCGGCCAGGGAUACAACAAGACGGUCGACUGGUGGACGUUGGGCGUUUUGCUCUACGAGAUGUUGACUGGCCUCCCCCCCUUCUACGACGAGAAUACCAACGAAAUGUACAGAAAGAUUCUGUCCGAGCCGCUGCAUUUCUCUGACGUAGUGCCCCCGGCUGCCAAGGAUCUUUUGACCAAGCUGCUUAACCGGGACCCGAAGAAGCGACUUGGUGCUAAUGGCUCGGCCGAGAUCAAGGCCCACCCGUUCUUCCACGACAUUGACUGGCGCAAGCUCCUCCAGCGGAAGUACGAGCCUACAUUCAAGCCCAGCGUGGCGGAUGCCAUGGAUACAACCAACUUUGACGCGGAUUUCACAGGAGAAGUUCCCCAGGACUCAUAUGUAGACGGGCCAAUGCUAUCACAGACGAUGCAGGACCAGUUCCAGGGAUUCAGCUAUAACCGCCCCAUUGCGGGCUUGGGGGAUGCCGGCGGAAGUGUUAGGGACCCCUCGUUUGUGGGCAGUCUCCAGGACAAUUGA